ACUCUCUUUCCCAAAUAGGGAAAUUUGGGAAACGAAAACCCAAUUCGGGGCUCGUCGGAUAGCAACAUAAAGCACAACACGCAGACACACAGCACUCGAGUUUCUGCCCCUCUUCUUCCUCAACUCAGUACGAGAAACAAGGCCAAACGUCAAAAUCCCCAACACCCAAAUCUUUGCUCCCAGAAUCACACCACACUGUGUGAGCUUGCAGCUUAUUCAGCUGACCAUUGGGUUAGUUAUUGGAUGACAAAAGUUGGUGCGUGAACCAGACAUGGCAGAAGGAGCGGAAGUUGAGGACCGGGUGGAUCUGGAUGAGGACAACUUCAUGGAAGAGAUGGACGAUGAUGUAGAUGAGCAAAUAGAUGAAGAUGGAGUAGAUGGAGGCAGUGAUGAAAAUGUGGAGGAGCAUGUUGAAGAAGCACAUGAAGAUCCUGCAACAAAGGCUAGCGACACAGAUCACCCACCCAAACCAGAUGAAAGCCACAAUGCUGGUGAAUUUGUGGAAGAUGGAGAGAAACCUUCUAGUCCUGUCAAUGAAGAGGAGAAAGAGAAGCAUGCACAACUUCUUGCCCUUCCCCCCUAUGGGUCUGAAGUUUUCAUUGGUGGACUUCCUAAAGACACUUCGGAAGAAGAUCUGAGGGAUCUAUGUAAUGAAAUAGGCGAAAUUAUUGAGGUAAGAUUAAUGCAAGACAGGGAAACUGGUGAAAGCAAGGGUUAUGCAUUUAUAGGAUUUAAGACUAAAGAGGUUGCACAAAAAGCCAUUGAAGAGUUGCAUGGUAAAGUAUUCAAGGGUAAAACCUUAAGAUGUUCACUUUCUGAAACUAAAUAUAGAUUGUUCAUUGGUAAUGUUCCAAAAAUCUGGACCGAGGAUGAGUUUCGUAAAGUCAUUGAUGAGGUUGGUCCUGGAGUUGAGCACAUUGAACUAAUAAAGGAUCCUCAAAAUGCAAGCAGAAAUCGUGGUUUUGCUUUUGUUUUGUAUUAUAAUAAUGCCUGCGCUGAUUAUUCAAGACAGAAAAUGUCGAAUUCAAAUUUUAAGCUGGAUGGAAAUACCCCAACUGUUACCUGGGCAGAUCCAAAAAGUACUCCUGAUCAUACUGCUGCAGCUCAGUCCCAGGUGAAGGCUCUUUAUGUGAAAAACAUACCUGAGAACACUAGCACUGAGAAGCUGAAGGAACUAUUCCAGCACCAUGGUGAAGUAACAAAAGUGGUUAUGCCACCUGGAAGAGGUGGUCAAGGAAAACGAGAUUUUGGCUUCAUCCAUUUUGCUGAAAGGGCAAGUGCACUGAAGGCUGUCAAAGACACUGAGAAAUAUGAAAUUGAUGGUCAUCCACUGGAAGUUGUCCUUGCGAAGCCUCAGACUGAGAAGAAACCUGAUGGGGCUUAUCCGUACAAUGCAGGGCCUCAUGCAAGCCACCUUGCACGCCCAGGGUAUGGUGGUGGUUAUGGCGGAAAUCCAUACGGCUCAGUGGGGGCUGGAUAUGGUGUUGCUGCAGGCUUUCAGCAGCCAAUGAUAUAUGGUAGGGGACCAAUGCCUGCAGGAAUGCACAUGGUGCCUAUGGUUUUACCGGAUGGUCGAAUUGGCUAUGUACUUCAGCAGCCUGGUGUACAGAUGCCAACUCCUCGACCUCGAAGAGCAGAUCGGAGCAAUGGUCCAGGCAGUGGACGAGGAGGUGGUGGCAGUGAUGAAGGCAACCGUGGUGGCAGAAGGUACCGACCAUACUAGCGGGCAGAGGAUUGAGGCUGUUUUUGGGAUAAAACAAGGAGCAUGUGAUUGCUUGAAAGACGAAUUACCCUAAAAAAGGGGAAAAAUAACAGAACCACCUCUCCCUAUUCCUUCUUUCUCUUUUCAGUGGAAAAGAUGGGGUAGAAAAAUGGAAAACAAAAACAAAAAAAGGCUUCUAGGAUUAGGAAAAACUGAGGGUUCUAUAAGUGAAUGUUGGUGUCUCAGCGCAGUUAAUGUAUGCCCACAAGAAAUGUUCAAGACUGAUUGACAAUCUAGGAAUUGUCUCCUGUAUAAUGUAAUGCAAUUGUUGGCAUUUUUUAAUUGACACCUAGCAAAAAUCAAAGUUUGAUUUUAUUGCCGGUACAA